AGAAAGAGGUAGAUAUUAUUUUUAAGGGUUUGUUAAAAAGAUAAGACAUUUAGUGUCAGAAUUCAAAAUAUAGAAUUGAUAACACACCAGAAUGUUGUCGAGAGAACAGUUGCUCCAUCUCUUCAAUCGCUUCUCUUACCUCACUUCUCAGCCUGAUGUUAAGAAAAGGAUUGCAGAGGCUGUUCAAGACCAGCAGGAAGCUGUAGCUGUAACCACCACCAUACAGGAAGAGAUAUUUUUGGAAAUGGGAGUUGAUCCUAGUUUCGGCAUAUCAUGCCUGGGCAAGGUGAAUAUGACAUAUGAAAGUGAUCAAGAAUUGAUGAUUCAGUUUUAUAAAUUCGUUGCAAAGGAAGAAAUGGUCUGUGAUGAAGCACAGCUUGGACCAGAUGAAUAUGCUGAAAGAAUGCGUCGUCAAGAACUACUACAAGAGCAGCAACUUGAGAUGCUGAAGCUUAUGCGCAAGUUUGACCUUGAUGAUCAAUCUACAAUUCUGGAGAAGUUGCAUCAGCAGAUGGAAAAUGCUGACUUUGAUUUUGAGGUAUCAGUUUUGUCAGCAGAGCAGAUUCAGGAUAUUGUUCGGCGGAGGGUCUCGCCUGUAUACAAGCCAAGGUAGAUCAGAAACUUGUAAAAAUGCAGUGAAUCAGUGUAUUUGUUCGGCUGCAAACAUUUUCAGGCCAUCUCUAACUUUUGUGGUCUGUCUCAAAACAAAUUCUAGUCUUGUGGUUAAUGAACUUGUUCGUUUUUCCUCA